UUUGCUGCUAUAAAUGGAGAAUCUCUUUUGGUACAAUGUCCUCAAGAAAAUCUAAUGGAAUUGCCUGCUUCCAGUCUUCCUCCGAGUCCUCCAAUGACUACAAAAGUGAAACCAGCUACUAGGGCUUUUCAUUUUGAUCCAUCUUUCUUAAAAAAACAAGACGACAUGCCAACUCAGUUCAUUUGGGCAGAAGGCGAUUUAAUUAGCGCCACAGACGAGCUUAAUGAGCCUUUAGUAGAUCUAAAUGGAUUCUUGAAAGGUGAUGAGGAAGAAACUGCCAGGGCUGCUAAGCUUGUUAGGUCUGCUUGCUUGAAAUAUGGCUUCUUUCAAGUCAGCAACCAUGGAGUUGAUGCAGACCUUAUUCGAGCUGCAUAUCAAGAAAUUGAUACAAUUUUUAAGCUCCCUUUCGAUAAGAAGCUCAGCAUUGGUAAAAAGCCUGGCAGUGUUUAUGGGUAUGCAUUUGCCCAUUCCGAUCGGUUUUCUAGCAAGUUACCAUGGAAGGAGACACUCUCUUGUGGGUACCAUGCGGAAGAUACAAAGCCAGUUGUUGCUGAUUACUUCAAGCAUGUCCUGGGGGAAGAUUUUGAAAGAACAGGGGUGAUUUAUCAAAGAUACUGUGAAGAAAUGAUGAAGCUAUCUCUAGUAAUUUUUGAGCUCUUGGCAAUCAGCUUGGGAGUUGAUCGUUUUCACUACCGGAAAUAUUUCGAAGAUGGUGGAACCUCAAUAAUGAGGUGUAACUACUAUCCCUCAUGCAAUAAUCCAAGUCUCACACUUGGUACUGGUCCUCAUUGCGACCCGACGUCUUUAACAAUACUCCACCAGGAUGAUGUUGGUGGUCUCGAUGUCUUUGCAGAUCACAAAUGGCGAUCGGUCCGACCUCGUCCUAAUGCCUUAGUCAUUAAUAUUGGUGAUACUUUCAUGGCACUAACCAAUGGGAAAUACAAGAGUUGCCUGCAUAGAGCUGUUGUGAAUAAGGAGAGUGAAAGAAGAUCAAUCGCUUUUUUUGUGAACCCAAAAGAGGACAAAGUAGUGAAACCACCGGAAGAUGAUGUUGCUUGCAGGGAAUUAGGGGAAAGGAAGUACCCAGAUUUCACAUGGUCAGAUUUACUGAAGUUUACUCAAAACCAUUAUAGAUCUGAUGAUGGUACUCUUCAAGCUUUUACUCAUUGGUUUCUUUCUUCCAAACCAUCUAAUUAGCUUGUAGAUGGUUUUGAUUAUUGCUUUAUCCUUAUCUGCAAUGUCGUAUUGGCUCUAGCCAGAUGUUUCCCUUCUUAAAUAAAUAGUAUCUCAAAUGAAAUCCAACUCAGUUGUUUAACAACUAAUUAUUGAGAGCUUAAUGAUAAAUUUUUAGUAUCA